GCUUUACUGCCUCGUUCGGUCACACAGGCGUGCUCUCGCGGCUGGUUCUCUCUUUCCCUCAGCCUCUUUCUCUUCCUCUCUCCCUCUCUCUCCCUACUCUCACUCCCUUUCUCUUUGAGACACACACACACACACACACAAUUCACUCAGCUCAUUCACAGGCACGGGUCAGGCAGCCUCACGUUUCACCUUGCACAGCCCCUGGCUGGGAGGAGAGGGAGCGUCUGCAAGGUGCAGCCGUCAGACAGGACUCUUCUCUCCACAGCUGAGUGAAGUUUAGUCAAGCAACCUGAGAGCUCCAGAGAAACCCGAGAAGAGCUGGAAGAUGGGAUUACAAAGUGCCACAUCAAUUCUGUGAAGAGCAAGACCAGCCACAGCAAAGGAAAAGGACAAACAGGUGCCUGGAUCCAACAGAAAUCCUUCAAGUACCAAAGCAUCAGCAGAAGCUCUGCAAGGUUCUGUCUGCUCUUUCUGAAUGGUUCCCGCUGAAAGCAGCUGCUGUUUCAAGGUACUGUGUGUAGCGGGGCAGCGAACGGGGUGCAAAAUCAUGCCGAAUGCUUGCGCAAGGUGCACCUCGGGAGUCUGACCCACCAUGUGCAAAUGGACGUCGGCCGACCUCACCUCCAUUGGCUUGGCCCGUCUCGGGCUGCCCCUGCAACCCUGCGCCCUUUCCCUCCGCCUGGCGUGCCUCUCCUUGCUCUUUCUGGCUGGCACCACUCUCGGAGGUUGCCCGACUGGACUGGGGCAUGACCCCCUCCACUUGCUGGCACGGAGCACGAACUGCUCGUGGACUCUAGAGCGGCACACGCGCAGCUACAACCACCUAGAGGGCGACGUCCGGCUGCGGCGCCUGUACUCCGCCAACAAGUUCUUCCUCUGCAUCGACAAGACGGGCAAGGUGGACGGCACCCGACGCAAGAACUAUCCUGACAGUCUGAUGGAAAUCCGAUCCGUCAGUGUGGGAGUUGUCGCCAUCAAAUCUGUCAGCACCGGCCUGUACUUGGCCAUGUCCAAAAAAGGCACACUCUUUGGAUCGGCCAGAUAUAACCCAAGCUGCAAGUUCAAAGAGCGCAUUGAGGAGAAUGGCUACAACACGUAUGCAUCCCUGCGCUGGAAGCACGGUGGGAGGCAGAUGUUUGUGUCACUGAACGGCAGGGGGAAGCCGAGGAGGGGCCAUAAAGCCCGCAGGAGACACCCGUCCACUCACUUCCUCCCCAUGCUCCCCACAUAACUGCAGUCCAGAGUUAGCCUUAUCCUAUUACCCCUUCCCAUGACUGCUGUAUGUGUACAUUUUCUGGGGAUUUUUUUUUUCUACAUCAUUUUGGUUCUUUUGGAAUUGUCAUAUAGUAUGUUAACUUAUUCCUCACAGGUUCUUAGCUUCGAGCCUGAUAAAGCUUCUGUAAGGCUUCUAAUAUUGUGCAUAAGCAAUUAUAUACCGUAUUUAUGUUACUGCUGAAGAAACUAAGCAUCUCUUUUAACUAGCUGUUGUGAUUUACACAUUACAUGACUGCAGUAGAUAGUUAGCCUUUCUGAAAAUAAACUAAACCGUGGAGACCAGCCUGAACUGUGGGACAGGACUAACUGCAUUACACAUUCUUAUGAAUUACAAUCUUUUCUGACACCAUGAAAACAAUUUCAUAUGACAUAAUCAAAAUCUGUUUUGUAUCCAUUGUGUUUGUAUUUUCUUUAAUUUUUUCUGUUUGUUUCUUUAUUCCAAUGUAUUUUCUCUCUUGCUGUGUGAGCAUGGAAGUGCUUCUAACAUCUUCGAUGCUAUCUGACCAGAGUGAUAUCAGAACAGGCUGUAAAACACAUACACAUGUAUCCUACAUCCACUUCAGCAGAGUGAGGGUGGUCAGGUCAGCCUUAACAAGAAACACUCCAACUGAACAUGUGUUCCUGUGUGACCCGAACACACAUGGCUCAUCCAUUAUAACGGAGGACUGAACCUGACAGCUUGUAUACUGGACUAAUUCUCUAAAUGAUGUUUCGUAUUACGUGUUCCUAUUAAGUCACACUAACAGUCUUUUCCCUCAACCUUUUGCAAAUAGAACA